CUCCACCAGCCUUCCCACUCCCUCAGUCCCCAUCUCGAGGAAUGUUUUACGGCGUUUUCUCCGGUGGGCUGUCGCUGAAAGGAGGGGUUUCUCUCCACGUUCGCUGUCUGCCCUGGACUAAUUAUAUUUGCAAUUUAGUCGCAGACUGCGAGUCUGAGCUGUACUCAUCGCGUACUGGAAGGAGAGGGGAAAGUACUAAAAAAGCUUAAUUCCACAAGCGCUCUUGUGCGGCUGGCAUUUCUUUGAAACCACACUAGUUUUGUGAUUUUUUUUGCCUUUUUUCCACUAUGCAGGUUUUACUGUGAAAGAAACUUAACUAAAGGACUACUUCACUGCUGUUAUCAACUGAACAUGGCAUAUCGGACAUCCAACAAAAGAGAACGGCUGUCAUUGUAGCUUUCUGGAUACAAAUGUAAAAGUCCCGACUUGCUGGAAACAGAGGGAAAGGGGAAUAUAAUAGCACCUGUCAAAAGCCUAACUGUACUUUGAACUAAUCAACGAAUAUGGCAUCCAGUCUGACCUGCACCGGGAUUAUAUGGGCAAUACUAUCCUUUUUAUGCGCGGCCGCAUCUUGCGUUGGCUUUUUCAUGCCUUACUGGCUAUUGGGUUCCCAGAUGGACAAGCCUGUGUCGUUCGGCACUUUCCGCAGAUGUUCCUAUCCUGUCCGGGACGAGACCCGGCAGAUGACAGUAAUGGUGGAGCAAUGUGGAAGGUAUGCCUCCUUCCAGGGUAUUCCCAGCCUGGAGUGGAAGAUUUGCACCGUGGUGACUGGAGUGGGCUGCGGGCUACUCCUGUUGGUGGCACUCACAGCGCUUAUGGGAUGCUGCGUGACGGAGCUUAUUUCCAGGACAAUUGGCAGGGUGGCGGGCGGAAUGCAGUUUGUUGGCGGCCUGCUGAUUGGCUCUGGCUGUGCUCUCUAUCCCCUGGGUUGGGACAGUGAAGAGGUGCGACAGACCUGCAGUAACAGCUCAGACCAGUUUGAGCUCGGUUCCUGUGAGAUUGGCUGGGCCUAUUACUGCACUGGAGGGGGAGCUGCAGCGGCCAUGUUGAUCUGUACUUGGCUGGCAUGUUUCGCAGGGAAGAAACAGAAGCAGUAUCCCUACUAGAGAUUGAAAUAAGACCACCCAUGAAGAGGAUCCACAGCACUGGUCAGUCUGGCAAAGGGAAGGGGGUUUUCUUACCACCCCCAAACGGAGCUCUGCUCAUAUUUACCGACAUACGCUGGCUUGACACAGUAAAGGGUCUAAAUGAACUUUGAACCCAGACUCAAGCCUUGCCACAAGGCUGCAAGCAUCAUGGGGGCUGUUGUAUUAAUACCGCUUGCGCAGUGUUAUAGCAUCUUCUUAAACUUCUUAAAGGACCAAUCUCUCUGUCAUAUUGCUGUAUAGUACUCACAUUUUAAUUCGUUACUUCAGUCUCUGUGGUUGUCAAGUAUUAGCUUGCCUUGAAAAACAGCAUACAGUAAAGGAGUAAUAUCUGUGUCAGUGUGUCAUUGUUGUUGUGUAAUAUUUUUUUCCUUCUGUUAGGCUUGUACUUGCCAUAAUAACUUCAUAAAACUGCAAACAUAUCGAAAUAUAUUUUCUGGUAUACGUAUAUCCGUACGUUAGCUCUUUGAAUGCCAAAGUACAACCAAAAGGUUUAUUGUUACCUACAUUGUAGUCUCCAUUGGUUGAAUCAAAACUUAAUUUAUCUAAUCUAAUGCUCUUCUUAAGGUUUUGUGCUAUUACUAAUCUACAAAACCUUAAGGACUGUUGAAGUUAAAUAAUGGUCUAGGAGAUCCGUGUACUAGGUAUGCUUGCCUCAUCUCUCAGCAAAGAUGUUUGUGGUUAUACUGAGAGAGAUUACAUUUAUGCUAUAUACGGAAACACUUUUCAAAUUAUGUUUUUUGCUAAAUUUUGUGUUCUACUUUGCUGCUUUGAAGGAAUACUAAGAGCAAUUAUUAUUGAUGUUGGGUACUCUUGUACAUCUUGUACAGUACAUCUCAGUGACAGUACUCAGUAACUUGAGACAGACACCUGUAUAUUGCUUGGGGAAAUCCUUCAAAAUUGUAAACUAAAACACAGUUUUUCCUCUGUGACACAGGAAAUGGUAACAAAUUUAUAAAAUGACUUACAGUAUUAAUAAUUAAACCUUUUCCAUUGUGUAGUAAACUGACAUUUGAGAUCUAAGAAGAGUCCUGAUAUUCUUUUUUUCAUUUUAAAGUCUGACAGUACUUUAUGUUUAGGUACCUGUUUGUUGUAUGAUAAUGUAUAUUGUAUAUUAUUAGCAUUCACAUUUUUUGUAUAAAAAAUGAAUGUUUUUAUUUGACAUUUGUAAAU